AUGGGCAUAAAUCAGGGUCUAGCAAGUCUCAUAAAGCAGCACUCCCAAUUGUCGAUUCCAGACAAGGAGUUGCGUGAAGACCUCCGCGAAUGCCUCUCGAGGGAGUUGGUUAAACUCUAUCAGGCUUUCUAUGAUCGCUCUCUCCAGACCCCAUUUACCUCACGAAGAGAGAAGUAUAUCAAAUUGAGCCCCUCAGAAUUUCAAGCAAAGCUGGACCAGAUGUUUCUACCCCCAGCUGCCCAGAUUGUCCAGUCUCGAUCUUGA